CUCUCUCUCUCUCUCUCUCUCUCACACACACACACACACUCACACACACCUGGACAUGAACACGCAGGCUGAUUGGAUCAUGUUUAGGAUCUGCAGCUUUCUGUGCGUCUGCGUUCUGUUGCUCACAUCCAGCGCCUGCGCUCAGACACACCGGCGACAGUCAUUUCCAUGUGGUGGCAAUAUUACGGGAGAUUCAGGAGUUAUCGGUAGCCAGGGUUAUCCAGGAGUAUACCCUCCAAACACCAAGUGUGUGUGGAAAAUCACAGUUCCACAAGGUAAAGUGGUGGUCCUGAACUUCCGCUUCCUCGAUCUGGAAAGUGACAACCUGUGCCGCUAUGACCACGUGGACGUUUACAGCGGGCAUGUGAACGGGCAGCGACUUGGACGUUUCUGCGGGACCUUUAGACCCGGAGCCCUCGUCUCCACAGGGAACAAGAUGCUCAUUCAGAUGGUGUCAGAUGCCAACACCGCUGGCAGUGGCUUCCUGGCAGUGUUCUCCGCCGCUAACCCUCAUGAACGAGGAGAUCAGUAUUGUGGAGGGCGUUUGGUGAAACCAGCAGGAACUUUUAAGACCCCCAACUGGCCAGAUAAAGACUAUCCAGCAGGAGUCACAUGCUCGUGGCACAUAGUCGCACCAAAAAACCAGAUUAUAGAGGUGAGAUUCGACAAGUUCGACGUCGAAAGAGAUAACUACUGCCGCUACGACUACGUCGCCAUCUUUAAUGGAGGGGAAAUCAAUGAUGCUAAGAGGAUUGGGAAAUACUGUGGGGACAGUCCACCAGCACCCGUGUUAUCUGAGGGUAAUCAGCUUCUCAUCCAGUUCCUCUCAGACCUCAGCUUAACGGCGGAUGGCUUUAUGGCCACUACAAAUUCAGAAACAAGAAAAUCCCAACAACAACCAUUGCCCCAACCACAACCACUCAGCCCAUCACCACCAGACUCAUACCUUUGAAGUAUUCAGCAGCGCUCUGUCAACAGAAAUGCAAGCGAAAAGGAAGUCCAGAGACGCAUUACUGCUCCAGCAACUUUGCCAUCACAGGGACGAUUAUUACAGCGGUGCCACGUGGAGGAAGCAUGCACACUAC